CGCCGCGAACAAUGGCAGCAGCGUCCAUUGUUACUGUCGAGCAGACCGAGUCGACGGCCUGACGCAGGUGAUCCGCCCUCUCGCUAAAACGCCUCCGGGCUGAAGAUCGCAUCGAGCGAGGCAUUCCCCGCAGCACAACCUACAGCUCCAUCGUCGACAGUAGCGUCUGCGCUUCUGCCUCUACCUCACCUGUCACUGCCACGUGGAUUCGCCUGAAUAAGAGCACCAGCGCUGGUCGAGACUGUUGAUGACUGUGGAGAGAUCGAAUUCCCCAGCUUCCGAUUGACGAUACGCAGCUCGAAGCACGCACCACCCCGACCCGGCUACGUCAGGACGACCAGCGAGAACGAGAGCCUUGCAAGUUGCAUUCCUCCCACUGCCCUCCCUCCUCGCUCUGCUGCUUGCGUCCCGUCGCCGCCCUUCCUCCAGCCCCACCGCCUUUGUCCGGCGGCGAAGCCUCCUCCUGGGCGCACACGAACCGCCCUCCGCCUGCGCAGCCUCUCCGCGCACCCUGCGACCGCGACGCCGCGCUGUCCAGCCAUUGGGCACCAAGCUCCCGGCCUUCCGCCAGAGCUCCCCCACUGCGUUGCACUGCACCUCCCGGGCCUGCUCCUCGACCAGGCGACUUUCUGGCACGCACCCCGUCGCCCAGAGACAAGGAAUAGCCCAGCUCGUCGGCACCUCCAGACACCUGCAGUCAAACGGAUCGUGUGUCGCGGCACCGAGAUACACGCAGCAGCAGCUGGCCGCAUCAGACACCACUCCACCCAUUCAUUCCCGCUGCGUGCACGUCCGCCGCAGCUGUGAAGACGGGCAGCGUGCGCUCGAGACAUUGGGACUGCUCACGUGCAGCGUCUUUGUGCGUCCAUUGAAGCAGCAUCAGCUGCGGUACCGCCGUUUUAGUCUCCACCUCCACCACCGCCCGCCCGGCACUGCGCGCGAUCACCGCAGGAGCAGCGCAUUAUCCUCUUCGACAUUCCCAUCCCCGCUUACACGAGACGGGCGAGAAAUUGGCGACCCCAAAGUCUUUGCCCCAAGAUCCCUGCGUGCCACGGAAGCGGAAGGAACCAGCCGACACAGAUAGCAACAACACCGCCUCUGUAAUGCCGUCGCUCGGUUUUCUCAAGAAAAAGCGCACCAAGGACUCGUCGCAGGGGUCCGAAGGCCCAACUUCGCCCACCAUCGGCUCUCCCAUCACCCCCACCACCACUAAACAAAGUGCCACCCUGUUCACGGAUCCCGACACCCUGCAGCGUUCGCAAACACAGCAAUCGCAAACAGCCAACGUCACCGACACCCCGCAGCAGACCUCCGCCACUGUUACACCUGCGACAACGCAGCAGGCCAACGGACAAGCUAUGGGGACCUCCGUUCAGCCUAGCAUUGCGAAUCUCAUCAACCAGCCCAACCAACAUGCGCAACACGACUCCGCCUACUCUUCGGCCAACUUCGGCGACCAAAAUGUGCCCCAGAUCAAUGCGCCAGCACAGAAGCCUACCACGAACCCACUGCGCGAGACGAGAGGCAAAUACACGCUGCAAGACUUUGUCAUCAACCGCACAUUGGGCACAGGCUCGUUCGGCAGAGUGCACUUGGUGCAGAGCAAACACAACCAGCGCUUCUAUGCCGUCAAAGUGUUGAAGAAGGCGCAAGUUGUCAAGAUGAAGCAAAUCGAGCAUACCAAUGACGAGCGCAAGAUGUUGCAAAGGUGCAGACAUCCUUUCCUGAUUACACUCUGGGGAACGUGGCAGGACUCGAAGAAUCUGUACAUGGUCAUGGACUUUAUUGAAGGUGGAGAGCUGUUCAGUCUUCUGCGAAAGUCGCAGCGUUUCCCCAAUCCAGUCGCAAAAUUCUACGCUGCAGAAGUGACACUCGCUCUGGAAUAUCUGCACAGCAUGGACAUCAUUUACCGAGAUUUGAAGCCCGAGAACUUAUUGCUAGACCGGCACGGACACAUCAAAAUUACCGAUUUCGGCUUUGCGAAAGAAGUGCCGGAUAUUACCUGGACACUGUGUGGUACACCUGAUUAUCUCGCACCUGAAGUGGUGAGUAGCAAAGGCUACAACAAGAGCGUAGAUUGGUGGAGUUUGGGCAUCCUCAUCUUUGAAAUGCUGGCGGGGUUCACGCCUUUCUGGGAUUCCGGGUCACCUCUCAAGAUCUACGAAAACAUCCUCAAGGGUCGUGUCAAGUACCCGCCAUACAUUCACCCUGAUGCGCAGGAUCUACUUUCGAAGCUCAUCACCGCGGACUUGACCAAGCGACUGGGUAAUCUUCACGGAGGUAGCAAGGACGUCAUGAACCAUGCUUGGUUCGCCGAGGUCACAUGGGAUCGACUUGCGAAGAAAGACAUCGAUGCGCCAUACGUGCCACCAGUUCGAGGAGGCGCCGGUGAUGCAAGCCUUUUCGACAAAUAUCCCGAAGAGACUGAAGCGUACGGACAGACCGGAGACGAUCCUCACGGAAGGUCUUUCCCCGACUUCUGAGAGAAUCGUCCUGCAGAUGAAGACACGCGAUCUGAGCUUCUCGAAGCGAUCUCUCAUCGCCUCUUACAGAACCACCAAUCGACAGUCACUUACUAAUGACCUGGCGACCAGUGGGGCAUAUCGAAUCCGGGCUACAGCGAGCAAGAAAUUAGAGACUGUUCAGGCGACGAUACAGCUUCUUGCACAACACACUCGGAUCAAUGUUUUGGAAAAGAUCUGGGAAUAAUUAGCAAUGAUUUGAUUUGAGGGGAACGCGCGCACGCAUGCAAAAAGUGGCAAUCUGUUCUUGGUCAUUGGAAUGGAUGCAUGAGCACACGAGCACACACACAUUCGGAUCUGGUUAGGUGCGUUUCCCUGAGUGCGAUUCUUGGAACGCGGUAUUUGAGUACGAACGAAAACUUUUCUGUAUGGAUAGCAUGACCUGUUUACGAAAGGGGCUCUUCCUAAGCAGACGAUUCAAUGAGAAUGCACUUGUGCAAGCAGUAGAUUACACAAGACAGUGGGACGGAGUCGAGAGCCUGGCGAGAUUCGAAGCACAUGACAAGC